CUGCCGAGGAAGCAGGAAGCUGCCGCCCGCUCGGAGCCCAGCUGCUGGGGACCCGGGGCAGCAGGAUGGAGUCCGUGGCCCUGUACAGCUUCCAGGCCACAGAGAGCGACGAACUGGCCUUCAACAAGGGGGACACACUCAAGAUCCUGAACAUGGAGGACGACCAGAACUGGUACAAGGCUGAGCUCCGGGGUGCCGAGGGGUUCAUUCCCAAGAACUACAUCCGAGUCAAGCCCCACCCGUGGUACUCGGGCAGGAUUUCCCGGCAGCUGGCAGAAGAGAUUCUGAUGAAGCGGAACUACCUGGGAGCCUUCCUGAUCCGGGAGAGCGAGAGCUCCCCGGGGGAGUUCUCCAUCUCUGUGAACUACGGGGACCAGGUGCAGCACUUCAAGGUGCUGCGUGAGGCCUCGGGCAAGUACUUCCUGUGGGAGGAGAAGUUCAACUCCCUCAACGAGCUGGUCGACUUCUACCGCACCACCACCAUCGCCAAGAAGCGCCAGGUCUUCCUGCGGGAUGAGGAGCCCCCGCUCCAGCCGCCGCGGGCCGGCUUCGCCCAGGCCCAGUUUGACUUCUCGGCCCAGGACCCCUCCCAGCUCAGCUUCCGCCGCGGUGACAUCAUCGAGGUCCUGGAGCACCUGGACCCGCACUGGUGGCGAGGCCGGUUCUGCGGGCAGGUGGGUUUCUUCCCCCGGAGCUACGUCCAGCCCGUGCACCUCUGACCGGAGUGGGGCCGGGGGCCGAGCCAGCAGACCUGCCCACAGGACGCUGAAGUCCAGAGAGAGACCACGGACACCC